AUGCUUCAGUCUUUCUUCACUCUUCAGUCAAGGAACUCCCAAUUCAAAAAGCUUCACUGUAUUCCCGUACAAUAUUUUCAAUUCACCACAAAACAGCCCAUUUCUUUUACUAAUACUUUACUUGAAAACCGUCAACCAACCACAUCUUCAGAAACAAACCAUACCCUCAGAGAUUUAUCCUCACUCAAUUUCGCAGGCAUUGCAAAAACAGUUAUAUCGAACUGUUCGCAUAAGAGGACCGAUAAAGGUGAGAACUUUACCAAUCCUUCGUUUAAAGAUUAUCUUUUGAGAUUAUCUGCUAUAUCGCCUGGUACCAUUCGUAGAUUUUGGAGAAUUUCUGAGUUGAAACCUCAAGACGUUCUUGAGAUAUUACAGGGUUUUGAAUUUGAUGCUGGUAAGUAUGAGAUUGAGGUUAAAAAGAUUGAAUCUUUAUGGGGAAUUUUCAAGUGGGCGAGUGAGGAAAAUAGGGGUUUUGAGCAUCUUCCUCAGUCUUGUAAGAUCAUGGCUUCAAUGCUUGUGCAAGUGGGGUUGUUUUGGGAAGCUGAUUGCUUGUUGUCAAGUAGCGAAAGUCCAGGAAUUUUGCUGGAUGGUGAAAUUUUCAGUUGUUUGAUUGAAGGGUAUGUGGGGGACUUUGAUUUAGAUAGUGCUGUUUCAAUUUAUGAGAGAAUGAGAAGGCUGUCUUUAGUACCAUCCCUGUCCAGUUAUCGUGCUCUUCUCAGGUAUUUGAUUGAAUUGAAUGAAACCCAAUUGGCUUUUCGUGUUUUUGUUGAUGCGUUUGAGAUGGGGAUGGGAAUGAGCAUAAAGGAAGAGGGCAUAUUCCAGAAUGUUAUACGCCUGCUAUGCGUAGAUGGUAAAGUUCAGGAAGCCAGAGAUUUUGUCAAGAAAGUUGCGACUUUUGGAAUUGAACCCAGUAGUUCAGUUAUCAAUGCGAUCAGUAGGGGUUAUUGUAAGAAGAAGGAUUAUGAUGAUCUAGUAAGUUUCUUUGCUGAAGUUAGGUUUGCACCCGAUGUACUGAUUGGAAACGAGAUUCUAUUUUCUUUAUGUAGAAAUUUUGGUGUUGAGAAAGCAAGCUCGUACAUGCAUAAAUUGGAACAAAUGGGUUUCUGCCCUGAUGAAAGGACGUUGGGGAUCUUGAUUGGUUGGGGUUGCCGUGAAGGGAAACUGAGAAAUUCUUUCAUAUAUUUCUUAGAGAUUUUGUCUAGAGGCCUGAAGCCCCAUCUAUAUUCUUAUAAUGCUCUGCUGAGUGGGAUCUUCAAGGCAGGCAUGUGGAGACACUCCCAUGACAUUCUUCAUGAAAUGAAUGAUAGGGGAGUGACUCCCGACAUGUCUACUUUGCGGGUUAUCAUAGCUGGAUUUUGUAAAGAGAGGCAAUUUGAUGAGAUGAAAGCAGUAGUUGGUGACAUGGCUGAACGUGGCUUGAUUGAAACCUCAUUAUCCGAAGACCCACUGAACAAAGCAUUCGUUCUUUUGGGGCUCAACCCAUUGGAUGUGAAGAUAAGAAGGGACAAUGAUAAGGGAUUUUCUAAAGCUGAAUUUUUUGAUAGUCUUGGGAAUGGACUUUAUUUGGAUACGAAUCUUGAAGAGUAUGAGAAAACAAUGACAAAGGUUCUUGAUGGUGCCAUGAUCCCUGAUUUUAACUCGUUUAUACUCGAGAAUUGUGGUAGCAGAGGUAAAAGUAAUACUUCAAUUUUAAUGAUGAUUGAUGAAAUGGCAAGAUGGGGUCAAGAACUCUGUUUACAUGUCUCCUCAAACUUAGUGAAAAGGCUUUGUGCAGACCCUUUUAGCAUAAAGACUGUUGACAACCUCUUGGAAAAAAUGAUUCAAUCAGUCUACCAGUUCGAGGAAAAAACUUUAAAUAAGCUUGUUCAGACUUAUAGCAAAAAUGGAUUUAAUUUCAGGGCUAGAAUAAUUUUUGAUGUGAUGGUGCAAAGGCAUCAGAUAAUUGAGAAUAAAACAUUUACUACCCAAUUGAUGUACCUGUGCAAUAAAGGUGACGUGAGAGGCCUGAGGGAUUGCUUGCUGCUUGCACGACAAUAUAAUUGGACACCCAAGUUCAAGGAUGGUAUAGUCCUUCUCGAUUGCCUAUGCCAAAACAAAUGGUUGAAUGAGGCAUUGGAGCUAUUCGAGACCUUGCUGAUUGUCAGGCCUCAAAUGAUAUCGGACACUUUUUAUGCAUUUCUUGAAAAGCUUUGUGUUGAAGGGUUCACUACCACUGCUUGCGGUUUGGUGGAACAAUUCUCAAAUCAGACCAAUAUCUUGGAUCAGACGGUUUACUGCAACCUUAUUAGUGGGUUUUGUAAAGAGAAGAGGUUUGAGGAAGCCUUUAAGGUUUGUGAUACAAUACUUGCUAAGAAUUUAUCUCCACCUUUGGAUGUAACUGUUCUGCUGAUUACUCAGCUGUGUCGGAGUAAUAAUUUUGAGAAAGCUCUCGCAUUGAAAAAUGUAUGCUUAAAACAUCAACCUUCAAGCUUUGUUUCUGUCCAUUUUGCUGUGAUGAGUGGGUUCUGCCAGUCAGGAAAGAUUGAAGAAGCGACCAGACUAUUCAAGGAAAUGUUGUUGAUGAAGCUAGUUCCAGAUGCAGAGGCCUAUAACAUGUUGGUUCAAGCGUAUUGUCGAGUAAACAACUUAGAGAAAAUCAUGGAGUUGCUUGGUGUUAUGAUAAGGAAAGAAUUGAGCAUCUCAAUACCAAGUUAUCGCAAUUUGGUAUGCUUGAUGUGCACAAAAGGGAAGUUUCCUUUAGCAUUGAGCUUAAAAGAGCUUUUACUUGCAGAAAGGAACCUUCCAGACUCUGUUCUUUAUAACAUUCUGAUAUUUUACCUCUUCAUGGCACAUAACACUGUCCUUGUGGAUGCACUAAUUGAAGAACUUCAAAAGAAAGGAUUACAAUUUGAUGAAGUUACUUAUAAUUUUGUUGUUCAAGGGUUUUUGCGAAGUAAAGAUAUUUUGAGUUCUCUGCAGUAUCUGACAGCCAUGAUAGAAGGAGAUCUUAGGCCAAGUAAUCGUAGUUUACGAGAGGUUAUCCGCUGCCUUUGUGGUAAUGGGGAACUGGGGAAAACCUUGAAGUUGAGUCAAGAAAUGGAGUUAAGAGGUUGGAUUCACUGUUCAACCAUUCAGAAUAACAUUGUCGAGGCACUUCUUACUAGAGGCAAGCUCAGUGAAGCAAUCGAUUUUCUGGACAGGAUGAUGAUAAAAGGUCUGAUUCCUGAUAAUAUCAAGUAUGACUAUCUUAUUAAGCGUUUUUGUCAGCAUGGUAGACUGGACAAGGCAAUGGACCUUCUAAACACGAUGUUGGAGAAGGGGAGUGCUCCAGAUUCUAGCAGUUUUGAUCAUAUAAUCCAAGGUUUCAGUAAUUGCCGUAACCUGGAUAUGGCUCUGGAUUUUCAUACUGAGAUGAUAUAUAGAAACCUAACACCGAGCACAACCACUUGGAACAUUCUUGUUUGCAGAUUGAGUGAAAAUGGGCAAGCGGUAGAAGCAGAAAAGCUGCUCUAUUCCAUGAUCCAGUUAGGUGAAACACCGAGCAAGGAGAUGUUUUGCUCCGUGAUUGACAAAUACCGGUCCGAAAGAAAUAUUAGCAAGGUAUCUGAGCUCUUAAAAAUGAUGCAAGAAAACGGCCAUGCGCCUGAUUUUGAUACCCAUUGGUCCCUUAUAAGUAACUUGAGCAACAACAAUGAGAAAGAUGAGAGCAGGAACGCUCAAGGUUUUCUGUCCAGUCUUCUCUCCGAUUUCGGAUUUGCGCUGAAGAAACCUAAUACCAAAAUGGGGUGA